AUGGUGUCGUUUCCCGUCUUCUCCAGUAAAACCUACACCCGCGUCUCACCUCGCGGACUUCACCAUGCCUCUUCUCCUUGCCGCCUCUGUCAAAUCCGAUUCAGCUACAGUUAUGAAAGCAACCACUCUACCGGUGGUGGCAACAGCAGCAGCAGCAACAAAAUAACAACAACAACGAUCAACGACCUCAUUGGAAAUGGAAUCUCAAUAAUACUAUACAAGUGGGUGAAUUAUGGCGAAGGAUGGAGGCCAUGGUGGUUUGUGCUCCAAGACGGCAUUCUCUCCUACUUCUUCCUUGUGCAAUAUUUUCGCAACACAAUUUCAAAUCCCAACACCAUCGUCAAAACUCAAAGGCCCUUUGGGGAAAUCCACCUCAAGGUUUCGACGAUUCGAGAGAGCAAAUCCGAUAAUAAGAUAUUUUCAAUGUUUACGGUAACGAAGAGGAUGCACUUGAUAGCAGACAUAGAGGAUUGGACGGCAUGAAUGGAGGCAUUGUAAGCGGUGAAGGACAUGCUUCCAAGGAUCUCGAACAGCGAGCUAAUGGCGUCACUAGACAAUGUGGGCGUCUCGACAGAGAAGCUGAGGCAAAGGCUUCUAGAAGAACGGGUGAGUGAGGCUGCCAUUCAGGAUAGCGAGCAGAUCAUGAGGACAGAGUUCAAAACCAGCUUGAAACAGCAGCAUUUUGAUGAAAGGGACUAA